AUGGUGUUACGAGCCAUCGACUCAAUUCGAGAUAGUGUUAUAAACGCGUCAUCGGCAGUGAGCACAACGACAGUGCCGCCACUGGACAUUCCCAUGACCUCUAUGAAACCGCCAUCAAUUAUUCCCACUGUCGAGUUGGUUCUAGGAACGAUUACGUAUUUGGUCAUCAUCGCCAUGACAGUCGUCGGUAAUACACUGGUCGUUGUCGCCGUGUUCAGUUAUCGACCUUUGAAAAAGGUGCAAAACUAUUUCUCGUCUCUCGCCAUAUUCGUCAUGCCUCUACAUGUAGUCACUUUCCUAGCGGGUGGAAAAUGGUUGUUGGGUGUUACAGUAUGUCAAUUCUUCACGACUGCUGACAUUCUUCUCUGCACAUCUUCCAUUCUUAAUCUUUGUGCAAUUGCUAUAGAUCGAUAUUGGGCCAUUCACAAUCCAAUCAACUAUGCACAAAAACGUACAACCAAAUUUGUGUGCAUGGUCAUUGCAAUCGUAUGGGUCCUCUCCAUGUUGAUAUCAGUGCCACCAAUCAUUGGCUGGAAUAACUGGCAAGAGAAUAUGAUGGAAGAUAGCUGUGGAUUGUCCACAGAGAAAGCAUUUGUGGUUUUCUCAGCAGCCGGCUCAUUCUUUCUUCCACUUUUGGUUAUGGUUGUUGUAUAUGUCAAAAUUUUCAUCAGCGCUCGCCAAAGAAUCCGUACUAACCGAGGCCGCAGUGCACUGAUGAGAAUCCAAAAUGCCGAGGGCGACGACGACUACAGGAAGAUGUCAAUCAAAAGGGCAUCUGUAGAAUCAGCUAGAACGUCGAGCAGGGUAGGAGAGAAAACUCCGUUGGUGGUUGCUGACGGACAAACGACUGUAACUACUCUUGCCGCUCAAUCCACCGAUGGUGGUAGCUUGCCGAAAGACGAAACAACGAAACACAUGAAGUACCACAAUAAUGGAUCGUGCAAGGUGAAAGUGAAAGAGACGAAGGAAGAUGAAGAAGCCACGGCACCUGACAGCCUUUUUUCCAAGUCGCCGACAGUGGUUUUUUACGUUUUUUACCUGCCGGACAUGAAAUUGAAAAAAAUCCGGAAAAUUUGCCACACAGGAAAGGCGCCCGCUGCCAAUCCAACUGCAGUGCUACGAAAACGCGAGAAGAUUAGUGUUGCUAAAGAGAAACGAGCAGCAAAAACAAUUGCAGUUAUUAUUUUUGUUUUCUCGUUCUGUUGGCUACCAUUUUUCGUUGCCUAUGUGAUUCGACCAUUCUGUGAAACUUGCAAGCUUCAUGCAAAGGUUGAGCAAGCGUUCACAUGGCUAGGCUACAUCAAUUCUUCCCUAAACCCAUUCCUUUAUGGUAUUCUGAAUUUGGAGUUUCGAAGAGCAUUCAAGAAGAUUCUCUGCCCAAAAGCUGUUCUGGAACAACGCAGGCGGCGUAUGAGUGCUCAACCAUAA